CAACGUUUAUACAAUACACACAACAAACAGAAAUCAUGGCGGCCACAGGCGGUACCUCAAACGCCCAGCCCAGUGCUGAUUUUAUCCGAAGUGAGAUUGAUGCCUAUGGGUUCAGGCGGCCAGACGACUUUGAUUAUGAGACGUACGAGCAAUUCAUGUCACAGUAUCUUAGCGUACUGGCAAGGAGAGCAGGAAAAUGGGACAAAGUCAUGGAUGGAAAGAAAAAUGUCAAGAAAUCAUUCAAAGUAAAACGUUAUGUCCGUAAAGGCAUCUCUAACGAGUACCGAGGUCUGGUGUGGAUGUACGUGAGUGGAGCCGAAGCAAUGAAAGAACAAAACCCAGGCAUGUACCAAAGACUUCUUGAUGGACCUAAAGAUGCUGAGCUGAUGGAGGUCAUAAAAACAGAUCUUCACCGCACAUUCCCAGAGAACAUUUAUUUCUGUAACGACUCCACGGUGAGUAAACGCACCUCCCUGCAGAACGUCCUGGUGGCGUUUGCGCAUCAUCACCGGGCGGACGGCUACUGCCAAGGGCUCAACUUCAUCGUAGCGCUCAUGUUGCUCAUCCUCAAAGACGAAGAGAGUUGCUUUUUCCUGCUGGAGACCCUGGUCAAGAACAUUCUACCCGCGUACUACACCCCUCAGAUGGCCGGACUGAAGACUGACCAAGAGGUACUAGGGGAGCUGGUCAAACAGAAACUCCCUGCAGUGGCUCAGAGAAUGGAGAAAGAGGCAGUACCAUGGUCAAUACCAACCACAAAAUGGUUUAUCUGCCUGUUCCUUGAUGUGCUACCUAUUGAGACGGUGUUACGGAUCUGGGACUGUCUCUUCUACGAGGGUUCUAAGAUUCUGUUUAGGGUUUGUUUAAGUCUCAUCAAACAGAACCAAGACGCCAUCCUGGGUGCCAGUAGCUUCCCUUCACUCAUUGAAUCCUUCAAGACGGUCACGCUGCAUUCUAGGAACACAGAUUGCCAUACCUUCAUGCAGAAUGUUUUUGCAGAUUCACAACCUCUCAGUCGAGCGCUCAUCGAGAAGUUUCGGACCAAAUCCAAUGAGGACGAGACAAAUUAGCGUCACUUUUGGAACGGUUUGAGGGGCGUCAACAAGAAGCACAUUUUUGCCUUGGCAGUGAAGAGUACAAACAAAAUCCAUAAAUCCAUAAAUAAGUCUCUAUGGGUGCGUUCGUUUAGCAUCCCUGGGUCGACCCCGGUCUGUCCCGGUACGUUUGAAUAGCUU